GACGCCGUUCCGAAUCUCCUCCCUUGCUUCAUCACCAUCCACCACACACGAUCAAUCGAAGGGAGAGGGAGAGAGAGAACCGGUGGAUUCCCAUCAACCACCAUGGCGGCUCCGUCGCCGUCUCCACCACCAAACCUCCUCCCUCCUCCCCUCUUCCGCCCCGAAAAAGCCUACUUUUUCCUCAGAACAUGCUCAAACUUCCCCCAACUCAAACAAAUCCACGCCAAAAUCAUCCGCCACAACCUCGCCAACGACCAGCUCCUCGCUCGCCACCUCAUCACCCUCUCUUCCUCCUUCGGAGAAACCCGAUACGCUUCCCUCGUCUUCCGUCAGCUCCACUCUCCUUCCACUUUCACCUGGAACCUCAUGAUAAGAUCUCUCUCCGUUAACAACAAGCCUCGCGAAGCUCUCCUCCUCUUCGUCCUCAUGCUCUCUCACUCAAAUCUCGAUAAAUUCACGUUCCCUUUCGUCAUCAAAGCUUGCCUCGCUUCUUCGUCGCUUCGUUUAGGCACACAAGUCCACGGUUUAGCUCUCAAAACCGGUUUUUUUACAGAUGUGUUCUUACAAAACACUCUCAUGGAUCUUUACUUUAAAUGUGGGAGACCAGAUUGUGGUCGCAAGGUGUUCGAUGAAAUGCCUGGUAGAAACAUUGUUUCGUGGACGACUAUGCUUUACGGUCUUGUCUCUAAUGAAAGAUUAGAUGAUGCGGAGAUUGUGUUCCGACAAAUGCCUACGAGGAACGUUGUCUCGUGGACCGCGAUGAUCGCUGCUUACGUUAAGAACCGUAGACCCGACGAGGCGUUUCAGCUUUUCAGGAGGAUGCAGGUUGAUGACGUGGAGCCUAAUGAGUUUACGUUAGUUAGUAUGUUGCAAGCUUCGACUCAGCUUGGAAGCUUGUCUAUGGGGAGAUGGGUUCAUGACUACGCUCAUAAGAAUGGGUUCUCGCUUGAUUGUUUCCUUGGGACUGCUUUGAUUGAUAUGUAUAGUAAAUGUGGGAGCUUGGAGGAUGCGAGGAGAGUUUUUGAUGUGAUGGAGAGUAAGAGUUUAGCGACUUGGAACUCGAUGAUUACUAGCUUGGGGGUUCAUGGUUUGGGGGACGAGGCUUUGUCUCUGUUUGGGGAGAUGGAAGGUGAAGAAGGGGUGGAGCCGGAUGCUAUCAGUUUUGUUGGUGUCUUGUCUGCUUGUGCGAACACUGGGAAUGUGAAAGAAGGGUUGAGGUACUUCUUACGCAUGAUCUAUGUUUAUGGUAUCACACCUAUUGAAGAACAUAAUGCUUGUAUGAUCCAACUGUUGGAGCAAGCCUUGGAAGUGAACAGAGUUUCGAACUAUGUUGAUUCUAUGGAUUCUGAUUCAAACAUCAGCACUUCAUUUGAAGUUGAAAGCACGGAUAGAGUGAACGAAAGGCACGAAAGUUGGAGCCAGCAUCACAUUACGUUCUCCAAGUGGGAUGCAGGCUGAUGAUUUUGAAGGUUAAGUGUCUCUUGUCAUAUAUAUUUUUUUCCCUCUUUUAAACAGAUUCAUAUGCAAUCUUUGUAACUAUACAAGUAUAGUUCAUGUCUUAGCUCUCCUGUUUACUUGAAAAUGUUCCAUAAUUGUAGAAGGUAGAAAAAUAAAAAGUGUUAUCGUCUUAAUAUAGACAUGUUAUUAUUAA